GCCGGCGCAUCGAAGAAUCCAUGGUCCACAACAACCCGGUCUGCGCUGCCCAUGCCCUUGUGCCCUUGACGCACCUCCUUUGAAGGAAGAAACACUCUCAAACUUUCGGCUUCAUUCAAUCCCGCCACGAUUUUGCACUGCUCACAACGAACCAUCGUCUCCCACUCAGCGUUUUCCGUGUCGCCGAUGUCAGCAGGGCUCGCCGUCUCUAUUUGAUCCAGAUUCAUUCCUUCCUUCGCACACAAUCGAGCUCACCACUCCACGCCCUCAUUCGCUGCCCCGUUCACCACUCAGCCACUGCAGUCACCCCCCCGUUCAGCGUUCAGCGUCAGCGCCCGCCCUGAUCGGCAAAAGCUCAGUCCCGCCCGUCCUGUCGCGUGGUUCUCUCUCGCUCUGCACGCGCGCGCGAUCCUGCCCUUCACAAAAGUUAUCGCAGCUCACGUCGCCCUCGACUUCGGCCACGUCCCAGCUCAAUCCGCCCGCAUCGAUCCUCUCAUGCAUGCUAUCUCGCAGUUUCGCCGGCUCGAGUGAUGAUGGUAGGAGGAAGGCGGGAGAGGUAGACGUUCCCCAUUCUCGCAAUGUCUCGGUCGUCCGGCGCGAGUUUCGCUCAGUUCUUCCCCGCCGCUCCGCGGGCUGCCAGGGACAGAGCUACGGAGCGAGAGCGGGCAAGAAUGAGAGCGCAAGCUUCUCCGCCCACGCAGCCACUUGACACGAACGGCCAUCGCACUCCCUUGUCCUCAUUCACUUCCAACCGAUCUGAUGACGGAGCCAGUCCUGGCCGCUCACACAUAACCUCUCUCAAUCACAGCUCAUCCGCCGGUGCUGACGCAACCCGCCCUCCGCUUGAAGAUACCGAGUCGCUGCCCGGCGACACGCUAAACACGGUUGGCUCUGCAAGCUCGCAUACAAGCACAAGCUCAUCCAUCUUCAGUUCCUCCACGCGACAGCCCGCCAUGGCCUCAGCUUCAGUGAGGAACUCUCACACUCACAACUCCACCACCCCUCUCACAACCGCCGGCUCACCGUCAUCCUUAUAUCUCUCUACAUCCCUUCAUGCGAAGCCGCACUCUGUCUCGCCCCAUCAUGCCGACAAGCAAAACGGCCUGACACCGACACUCAACGGCUCGGCCACUGAUUCUCUCGUCCCACUCCCUGACGGUACCGAACGUGUCCCGCCCCGCGACCCUAGUCGCUCCGUCUUGUGCACCAUAUGCACAUAUGAUCCUCUCCUGGACAAAAAACUGUCGAGCUCCGAAAAGAAAAAGGCGAAACCUAUAUACAAGGAUUAUGGCUUGAACGAUGAAGAUGACGCUCCCCCUUCAGAUCCACGCCUGGCGCACGGCGGGAAACUCAGCUACAUCAACGUCAACUUUCACCUCCCCAAAGCACAAUUGAUUGAUGCGCCGAGCAACCUGAAGCCCUAUCCAUAUGACCCCAAGACCUCCUGUGGCCCGGGGCCCCCAGUCCAAAUUCUGGUGAGAGGCUUCAAUCCUUUGAUCGCCUUCACAAAAGUCACCACCAUAUUCGCAUCAUUCGGCGACAUUGCGGAAAGCAGCAACAAGAUGCACCCAGAGACGGGAAGCUAUCUCGGCUUCGCGACGAUUCGGUACAAAGAUUCGAAACCGACCUCUUCACGACCCGUACCUGUUCCUGCUCAUCAAGCUGCCAGGAGAGCUGUCCGAGGAAUGCACGGGAGGAGGAUAGAGGCCAACCAAGUCCGCGUCGAGUUUGACCCCGAAGGCCGAAAGAGCAAGGCCUUGAUGGAGGCUGUUCUUAAAAAGAGUAGGGAAACAUCGCAGACCCCGAAUGCUGCCUACAAGAUUCCUACCGGGCCCAAACCAAGAGCUGGUGAGGUCAUCCCUGGACCUCCGCCAACAGCCCCCAAAGGUCCAGCAGCGCACCGGGCCCUUGGAGGCUCCGAAGCCGGUUGGACCUCAACGAAGCCUCGACAUCCCAACAUCAUCGAAACCGAACCGAUCGUCAAUCAUAUCAAGAGCGAGCCGUAUAUUUUUGUGGCGCAUGAGUAUGUUCCAGUGAUGCCAACAACUGUGGCUCACAUGAAGAAGCGGCUCAAGCAAUAUGGGUUUGAUGACAUUCGUGCGGAUAGGACGGGCUACUACAUUAUCUUCCGCGAUUCUCAUUAUGGACGAGACGAAGCAAGCAAGUGCUACAAUUCCGCAAACGACACAGCGUUCUUCACUUACAGCAUGGUCAUGGAUCUUCACCUCUUCGGUACGGUGGGCAAGAGCUCAAGGAGCUCUGAGGAUCAUCGCAGGCACAGCUAUGGUUCGGAGAAAAGACCGCCACCCGAGCACCGACAACGUGAUGAUCAAGACCGGCGUCGCCGUGAUGAAGAGGCGGACAUUGAGGAGGAGAAGAAACAACGGGCCAAGAACCUCGAUCCGGUCAAGGAGGCUGCCGAAGUGAUACGACGAGAAAUGACGGAGCAUCUGCUCAAGACCAUCCGUACCAAAAUCACCCUUCCUGCAGUCUUCGACUAUCUUAACCCGGUCAAUCAUGCUGCAAAGCGGCGUAAGCUUAACAUUGACGACUCUCAUAGUGGUACGAUUCCAUCGAUUGUCUUCGAUGACUCUGAAGGCAGGUCUUCUCCCGUUGGUACUCCGAAUUCGAGAGCCGACCCGAUUGAGAGGCGUACGGCUCGCGCUGAUGUUUCAACUUUACGGGUCCGAAAGCUGAAGAGCAGGGGAGUAAACGCCCGAAAACAUGGGUUCAACGAUCCCUUUGCGCGGGCACGACCCACGCAACGAGUAGAUCUCCGGUCUCUGCAUCAUCGUCUCAACUCCGAUAGUGACGAUGAUUCUGACGAUGGUGUGGACAACCGAUAUUCUAUGAUUCGGGACACAGAGGAACCGGAGUCUCGGCCAAGGAGCCGUGUAAGUUCAGAGGAGGACCGGAACAAAGAAGAAACUGGGUCCUGGGUUGCUGGUGAAGACGAUUCAAUGACGGAGGCCAGUUUCGCUCUUAACGAUACAUCAGCCCUGCUAAAGAAGCGAAAACUGGACCUUCCGGCAGAAACGGCUGUCAAGCGGCAGAAGAAAGCUGAAGAGCUCUUCGAGGCGACUAUUGCACGUAUCGAGACCGAACUGCCUUCACAGGAGCAGGCCGUGGAGUCUGUUACCCCCACAGGCGUCGAAGCACCAUUGAAUGGCCUACCUGAUGCCGACGUUAAAGCCGAACCGGCAGAGGACAAAGAGACCGAGGAUUCGCGGUUGCCAACCCCUAUACCCGAUAACACAAAACCGAAGAAGAAGGCCAAAGCCAAGAAAAAAUCCAAGAAGCAGAUCUUCGAGGAGCGCGAGGCGCUCAAAAAGCAACAACAGGAGACAUUUGAGAGAGAGGCUCUUCGGGCCGCAGGGAUUGAAGACAUUGAAGGCACUCCGGACGCUGAAGCGAAAUCCCAGGUUGGCGAACCCGAACCUGUACCCGAACCUGAACUCGAAACCAAAGGGGAAGCCCUGGAGGCUCCUGAGACAGAAAGCAAACCUGAUCUGGAUCCUGAAUUGUAUCCAUCGGAGGUCGUCGACGCGCUUGUCCUACCCAAGGAUUUCAACUUGGAUAUUGGAACCCUGAAACUGGUGCCAUUCCACGGCGAGGAUGGACCAGAUGCCCAGAGGCUCCAAAGAAAGUUUGGUACCGCUAAGCUUGAUUGUGAUGCUGAGCUGUGGCUCUGGAGACGGAAUAGGAUCCGGCAACUCAAUUCAGAGGAUGGGUCAGUCGAUAAACCAGUUGGAAUUGGUGGUUAUUAUGUGCCCAAUCCGACUGGAUGUGCCAGGACCGAGGGCGUCAAGAAAAUUCUCAAUUCUGAGAAGUCCAAGUAUCUUCCCCAUCAUAUCAAGGUCAAGAAGGCCAGGGAAGAGCGGGAAAAGAAUGCCAAGAACGGGAACACCAACUCUGUCGCUGCCGCCGCAGAAGCCGCCAGGCUCGCAGCAGAUAGCCUGGUCGCCAAGGGCAAUUCGCGUGCCAACCGUGUCAACAAUCGCCGAUAUGUUGCGGAGAUCAAUGAUCAGCGAAAGAACUUUGGGCAAGAUUCGGAUGUCUUGCGGUUCAACCAGCUUAAGAAGCGAAAGAAGCCAGUGAAAUUUGCGCGAUCCGCUAUUCAUAACUGGGGUCUUUAUGCAAUGGAAAACAUCAACAAAGAUGACAUGAUCAUCGAGUACGUUGGUGAGGAAGUCCGACAGCAGAUUGCCGAACUUCGCGAAGCCAGAUACCUCAAGAGCGGCAUCGGUAGCAGCUACCUCUUCCGCAUCGACGAUAACACCGUUAUUGAUGCGACGAAGAAGGGCGGUAUUGCCCGAUUCAUCAACCAUAGCUGCAUGCCCAAUUGUACAGCCAAGAUCAUCAAAGUGGAAGGGAGCAAGCGCAUCGUUAUCUAUGCGCUGCGCGACAUUGCUCAGAACGAAGAGUUGACGUACGACUACAAGUUCGAGCGCGAGAUCGGAAGCACGGAUCGUAUCCCCUGCUUGUGCGGAACAGCAGCAUGCAAGGGGUUCCUUAACUGAUCGAACAACGCACGAUGCGCUUGAUAUAGCAGUAACGACUGUCACGGCUCCGGAUGCUACGGAUUUUGAGCGUUCCUCGUGAUGGUGGAGGUUGAUUGAAUGGGUACGACGCAAAGCAAGGUGGUGAAGGAUGGACGGUGUCAAAGACUGAUCGGUGUAAUAUGGGCAACAAAACGGGCUGGUGUCUCCUUCCUUUGCCACUAUGAGUUCCACUUAUUUCCUGGUUACGCUUAUAUUCUCCUCACGAGCGGACAAUUAAUCCCGGACUACCUUGCCACGCUUUGGUUAUCAUCCUUUGGGUUCGUUCUUAUUUCUCUUCAAUGGCCGUUUAGGGGGUAGUUGCAGGCACCUGUCCGAACUCGCAGCAACCUUCCUGAUAUACCGUGUGAACUUUUCGAAAGAUUUAUUUUCCUUGGGACGGGCCUCAAAAUUGGCGGAUGAAGGGACUCGGACGGCUCUUGAAAAUGGGUUUUCAUGUGCUUUCCUCUACUUCGCUACGUGGGAUGCCACUUGCCUUGGUCGGACUUGGGUGUGCCUUUUCAUGGUGUUUCUGGCGUUUGUUAGAGGAUAUGUUAGGGUUUCGGUAUUACAAGGACGGUAUCUGGCUAUCAUUUGGGAAGGUUGAACACAUUUGGCUCCUCGAAACGAAUGAAACAGGCGUGGAAGAUUCCGGGUGACAGGUUUAAGGUUAUGGCCAUUCUGUCGGUUAUACUCAGCUCUCGGCCUUGAAGGUGUGAGAAAUCAGGCUAGGCGGUCGACCCCUUUCAGUACCAUGACGCUGGCUUGUAUAGGCCCGACUUGAUUCACAUGGUGUUGACCGUCAAAGAUAGAAGGGGAGGAAGUCAGAAAUAUCAUUCCAACGGAGACAUAGAGCUUAGUUGGGGGAUGGGUUGCCCGCUAAUGAUAACAGGUCGCGUAACAGGGCCACUUGAAGUAUUCGAAUACAAUUACGCUACCUAUCUCUAGACCAUAACCAUUACUGCUAAGUGC